AUGCAUGGAGGCAGUGACUGACUUGCUUCGCAAGUCAGUCACUGCUCUCCUUAUGCAUUGCUAUGGGCAGGCCCCAACUAGUUAAUCCCCUCUCUGUCUGAGAGCAGGAAGCAACACGAUGAUGUUGCACAACAACUUUAUGGCUGGAGGAGGAGACGGCUGGAAAACCACAGCUGGAGAAGAACGGAAAAUCUGAGUAACUGGACGGAACCACAGAGGAAGAAGAAGAUCCAGUUGAAUCCAGAUGAAUCCAGAUUCAACCGGAGAAACAGAAAAAGGUUCAGAAAGAAAAAGUUGUGUUUGGAUGCUGAGUGGCUGAAACAGAGCAGAGGAGUUCUUCUGUCUGACCCGACUCUCUGGUGGUUCUGCUGGGAAAAGCUUCAGCAGACCCGGUGGAUCCGGAUCCACUGGUUCUGGUUCUGGUCCAGACUUGAGGCAAGGUAAUCCAGAGAAAAAUGAGAUUUUUUUCUGAUCGGAUUCAUUCUGGUCUGGAUUCCAACUUUCUAGUUUUUCUUUUGUUUUAUUGCUGUGAUGUUAUUAUCAUGUAAUAAUGUUUAGAAAUGUGUCAAGAAACCUGUCAUGUGAGAGUGAGAUCUGUCCAGGCUCAUGCAGAAAAACAGAUCAUAAAGGCUUGAGAGACUGAAGCAUCCUUGUAUGUUGAUUAAUGAUGAUUACAUAAUGUGUUUCUCUGUAUUUUAUUAUAUUGUGACGAUGAACCAAAUAAUCUAUGAUUGUUGGAAUGCCUUGAAUUGAUAAUUAAAUAAGAAAAACUUGAUUGAUUAAAGGUGAUUAUAUGUCUGCAUAUAUUACAGAAUCAUAAGGAGAACUGUAAGGAGGACAGGGUGUGAGUUCAGAGAAUCCACCUGACUUCUCAGAAUCACCUGACUUCUCGACGUAAUAUCCAGACGGCCUGGAAUUACUAAUUAUUUUGCAAUUAUGUCUAGACGACCUGGUCGCCUGCAAGUGAAUAAUUUCACAAUCAUCACCAGUCUGCAGGGUGGAGGCCUGGAUUGAUGGUUGGGGCCUGGUUGCUUCAUCGAGUCAGGAUGCAGACAGUGUUCUCUCUCUCUCUCCGUCUCUCGGUGCACACCCAUAGAGCAGGAGAAAAGUAUAAAACCUCGAAGACGAGGUCAGACGAUGUUCUUCGUCCCGGGCGUCAAGACUCGACACAAGUGCAGCAAGAAGACCAGCAGAGGACCCUGGAACCGAGGGGAACAAGGAGUACUUCGCGCCGGAGCAAAAGGACGGGAUCCAUCGACCCACUGACUCGGUUCCUGAUUGGAUUUCAACACUCUGCAUUCAACCCAACGAUCUCUAAAUUCAUCGCAACGGACUUGGGGAACUGAACAAAGAUCACUGAGGUGGUGAAGAACUGAGUGUUUGAUAUAACAACCAGUUCACUUUGUUUCAAUCCCAAGGAGGAUUCACUUUUCAAAGACUCUGACCAAGGACCACAAGAACUUCUGUUGCCAAGAUCCAACUUCAUCAACAGCUCUUCAUCUUCAUCAUCACUUCCUCCCAGUCUGACCCAGUAGAACCAGUCUGAGCUGAUCCACAUCAAACCAGUUUGUGGAAACAGGUUGUUGUGAUUUCAGAGUCAGAGACCCAGAGGUCACAGCUUCCUCCAUCCUGAAGGUCAAAGGUCAGAAGCUGAGCCAGAGGAUCAGACUAGAGAGAAGAAGAACAGAGAAGGUCGUCACCAUGGCAACUUCAUCACAGAACACCAAAACAUCUUCUCAGGCUUCCUCACCUGCAUCAAAGGAAGUAAACAUUAAGUAUGAAGAAUUAUCUCUGGGUCUGUUGAACAUUAACGGUCUGAGAAAGAAAACUCAUGAAGUUAAACACAUUAUUGCUCGUGAUAAACUCCAUGUUGUUGCUCUGUGUGAAACUAAACUGAACAGCAAAGUUAAACACAGUGAGGUUUAUAUACCAGGAUUCAGUAUGUGGAGGAAAGACAGGAAUGACAAGAGUAACAAUACAGGAGGAGGAAUCGCUCUGUACAUUCAGGAUCAUAUUAAAACCAGAUUAAGACCCGACCUGAUGACGGCUGAAGUUGAUGAGGAGAAUCCUGAAGCUGAGAUCAUUUGGGUUGAGUUAGAUCUUCCUAAAGCCGGAGAAACAGACCAGGAAAACAGACGGGUUUUACUGGGAUGUUGUUACAGACCAACAAAAGACAAAAAAAAAUAUUUAAAACACAUCAAGAAGACAAUAACUCUGUUGUCAGAGAAAGAUAAAGAUAAAGACAUUUUCCUGAUGGGCGACUUUAACAUUGACUGGUUGUCAAACUCUGAGAAGAAAGAAGCUGAUGAUUUUAUAUCUAGUAAGGGUUGGACUCAGAUCGUUAAAGUUGCUACCAGGUUGACUCUGGAUUCAGAAACAUGCAUUGAUCACAUUUAUACUAAUGUAAAAGGUCUUCCAGAACCAAAACACAUUCCUACAGACUGCAGUGACCAUAACCUCAUUACCGUGAAGAUAGAUGGAAAGAUUCCUCAGAGUAAAGGAAAUUUUAGACCAAACCAGGAUGAUAAAGAGAAAUUUCAGAAAGAUAUGAAAAAUAAGUCAGAGGAAGUCUAUAGAAAUGUUAAAUCUCUGCAAGAGUUUACUGAGAGUUUUCUCCAAGUAGCAGAUAAACAUGCCCCAUUAAAGAGCCAAAAUAUUCAUUCUUUAUUGAAGUUGAAUGAGACGUUGGAAAAUUUAGUAUCUGACAGAGAUAAAUCAAAAUAUGAAAUGAUAAAAAACAUCUAUACCUCUAUAAAGAAAAAAAAGAAACUUCAGGAAAAGAUCGAUAAUUAUAUCAAUGGAAAACCUGAGAAUCAACCAGGAGGUGAAAAUGAUGCUACAGAGUCAGAAGAAACUUUCCCUUUUCAUCUCCCUGAGGUUAAAGCCUCAGAGGAAGAAAAUCAACAGCAAACUGAUCAAACCAGCAGUGAACCUACAGAUUCAGGAUCUGUUCCUGUAGAUCCUGUAGAUAGACACAGGGAAGAAACGGGAAUUGAAGUAUUUCAAAAGACUAGAUUUACAGAAGUGAAGAGUUGUUUGGAGUAUAUCUGUGGUCAUGUGGUUAUGUUCAUAGAUGAAACUGAAGCUGCAAUGUGGGAACUUGCAGCUGGUUCUAUCUCUGCUCCACUCCGUAAGAUCCUGAAUGGAUUCAUCAAGACUGGAGAGAUUCCUAAUGAGCUUAAAAAAAUCAAAUCAUUCCCAUUUUCAACAGACAAUUAUAAUGAUAUUAGACAGAAAAGUGGUGUUGUCAGAGUUCACAUCAUAUUAAGUUACAUAUUUGAUCUCAUCCUUUAUGAGCAGGCAAAACCGUUCUUUAUUGAGGAUGAAAAAUCUAUAGCAACACUCCAAAAAAAUCUGAAGCAACUAAAAACUGAUCUGGGUGAAACAAACAGAGCGGUUGAAGCUGUGCUCCUGGAUUUCACUUCUUACUUUGACAAAAUCAGUCAUGAUCUGCUGAUUACCAAACUGAAGGAAUCUAAUCUCUCAGAAUCAGAUUUUAAACUGAUAAAAAGUUUUCUUUCCAUCCAUGAAGGUUCCUCUGGUUUGCCUGGAGGAAGCUGCCUCACUCAGCUCCUCCACAUCAUCAUUAUUAAUGAUCUAAAGAAAAACUUAGAACCAUCUGCUGUUAUCUGUAACAGUUACAUGAUGAUCUAUGGAAAUAAGUCAGAGUUAAAUGAAAAAAUUAAGACUGUGAGAACAUGGGCCGACAAGAUCAACAUUAAAAUCAGACGAAAAGAAUUCAAACCCUCUGAUCUGUCAGCCAUGUUUAAAAUCCUUGACUCCAUGAUUCGUUGCCAUGGAAACAAAUCAAACUGGAUCAGAGCUCCUGGGAACAUAGUGAAGCAAAAUGGUGACUGGGAAUACGACAAUGUCUCAAAAGAACUAGAGCUACACUUUGGUAAAGAAUAUAUAGUUGUUGAGCCUGAGAUCAUAAAUAAUUCAGCGCAGGAAUCCCAAACACGAAAUAAGAAACGUCCUGCAGGCUCUGCUGGUGACGCCGAUGACUCUGGACGUUCAAUGAGGAGAGAAAUAUGAAAAGGAUUUAAAUUCUGGAGGUUUUAUCAAUACAGGCAACUCUAAAAACAUGAAGGUGAUCAAAGUUCAGAUGAAAAAUACUAAGAGAAGCUAAAGUCAAAUGAAUCUACAGCUCCAGAUAAAACUCCCAGAAAUAUUUAAAAAUUAAAAAAGGAUUUUUUUUCCUGCUGACAGAGAAACUGAAUCACAAACGAAUCAAAUGACAGAAAAAACUAAACUUUGUAUGAUUUAUUGUUUGCUUCUUAUUUUAAAGAUUCUUCUUAUUUUUAUCUUUCUUUUAUUUAGCACAAAGAUUAGAAAACAUUUUUAUGAGGAAGAAACACUGUUGUUUUAUAAAUCACAAAUAUUAAUGAAUAUCAAUGAAAAUGUGAGUAAAAUAAUGUUAAAUCUCUGAUUUUAUUAUAUUUACAGCAGAUAUAAGUUCAUGUUUCUGAAUGAACUGAUUCUAUAUAAAAUGUAUUUUUUAUUAUUUUGAAUCUAUAAUCAUGUGUAAAAGAAAUUAUUAUGCUUCAUAAUCUCAGUUUAUCUUUUGUUUUACAUUUUAAAUCAAUUAUAUAAUGACAUAUUUUUCUUUAUGUUUUUGUUUAUUCUAUAUUUUAUUACAAUAUUAAUUAUCUUUUGAUGAGUUCAACAUGAAUUUUUCUGUUUUUCUUUGUAAAACUUUGUUGUGUUCAUGAAGUUCUGAUCUCCACCACCAGGUGUCACUGUGGGACACAGAAUGAACGUUCAGCUGAGAAGCUCAAUAAAAGGUUAAAGGUCA